AUGAUCGAUCACCUCCUCGGUCGACCCUCGACCAAGCUCAAGAGAGUUCAGAUCUUUUCGGUCAUCCUCUUUUGGCUCUGUUUUCUCGCCACCGGCAGUCGCGAUGGUCCUAGUCCGCUCGUACGCAAGAUCAAUGCCAAGCUUAAACGCUUUUCGCCAUGGCAGAUCAUCGUGUUCAGCUCCGUCGGCAUUUACACUAUCCGUCACCUCGACUCGCUCCUCGGCUUUGGCGCUCCCGAGCCGCUCGCUCGCAUGUACUCGCGUAACUUUUACCGCACCACCUGGAUCGUCACUGCCCUCGAUGCCGGUUUUGCGUCCGCCAUGAACAUCAAGCCAAAGUGGUUGAGGGACCUGAUGAGCAUCGUCUUUUCCGCCUACUACAUUGUCUAUGCCAACGAGGCCGACGAGAAGCUCCGAAAGUACAGAGCCUUCUGCACUGUCGAGAUGAUGCGUUAUACCUGGGAAAAGACUACCAACCCUUACGUUCGCUUGGCCACCUGCUUCCACCGUCCCUCGCUACCCAUCGCACGUCCCCUCCUCAUUGCGAGGCCACAAGUCGGCGCCCACCACACCCGACCCAGCAAAGCAUGGCUUUUUUACGCAAAGAGCGAACGGCAGCUUCGCAUGGAGGAGGAGCUUGUCCUCGACUUUUGCGGCGGCGGUUACAUCUGCAUGAACCCACAGCAUCACGAGGAGCGUCUUCGUCAACUCGCCAAACAGAUGCAGAAGCCUGUCCUCUGCGUAGACUACUGCAAGGCGCCCGAGUAUCCCUACCCCUUUGCUCUCGAGGAGUGCUUUGACCUCUAUCGCACGCUCCACGAGACUGCAGGAAAGGUGAUUGGCAUGUCAGGAUCGCCCAACUUCCGCAUCCUUCUCACCGGCGACAGUGCCGGCGGCAACCUGGCCACCGGCGUCGUGCUCAAAAUCAUUCAGUAUCCUCAGCCUCGCAUUCAACUCGCGUACUCGUCGCUCAUCUCCAGCGGCGGUGCUCAAGCUCAACGACCACCUCCGUUGCCCAAACCCAUCGGCAUGGUGCUCAGCUACCCGAGUCUCAACUUUGGCUUCUCCAGCUGGAUGAAGCCAGAACACCUGCGCCUUUUGCGCCAACAAAGCGAGGUCAACCUCGACAACCUGGCGCAACACCAGUCCGCCAUCGCGGCUUCCUCCUCUUCCUCCUCCCUCAGAUCCUCCAGGCGCAGGUCGGUGGCAAAUCUGGCCACUACGGGUAGCGCCUUGGACCGCAAACGUGCCGAGGCCAAGCGCUCUAGGAGCAAGGAUCGACCAAAAGACUCUCGCUCCUACCAGUCUCUUACCCGUACCGCCGAGCUCCAUCUCGACGAGCGUGCUCGUUACGCAGAGGUCGAUCCUACGUCGGACGAAAACGGCACUUCCACGCCUUCCGAUUCGCUACUUGAAAAUGUUUGGGCUGACACCGCCUGGACGCCUACCUGGGAGAAGGGCGGUCUGCCUUGGAGCCAAGUUGCACGACAGGCCAUGCUCGACGAAAUUGCAGAUCGAGAAGAGAAGCGAGCGCAGGCUCGAUUCGAACAGGAACAGAGAGUGCUCCAGGAGGCAGCCGAGGCUGCUGAUAGCAGGAACAGGGAUCAGAAGCGGGCGCCCUUCAAUACACGCCUCACUGUCACCUCGAUGGCUGGCUAUUUUCAGGACAGGAUCAUUACCCAAGGCAUGCUCCGUGCCAUGGCCAUCCUCUAUGUCGGCCCCAAGCGUCAACCAGAUCUCGAUAACGACUACUACCUUUCGCCUGUGGUGGCGCCGGCACAUCUGCUGGCCGAGUUCCCGCCCGUCUUGUUUAUUUGCGGAGAAAAAGAUCCUCUAUGCGACGACACUGUCAUCAUGGCUGGUCGCAUUCGGGAGGCCAAGCUAGCCAAGAAGGCGGAUUUGGAACGACGCAGGGCCAUGGCCUCGGCUCGAUUCGGCGAAGGUCUGCGCACCACACCCAUCUCGUCAACAAGCCAUACCAAGCUACCCAUCGAUCCAAUCGAGCUCGAAUCGGCAGAGGAUUGGGUGCAGAUGAGGAUCAUCGAGGGCUGGAGUCACGGCUUUUUGCAAAUGUCGGCCUUGAUGCCAGAGGCCAAGCAGGUGAUCGGUUUCUUGGGUACUUGGAUGUCGUUGGUGUUCGAGGAGUUCCGGGACAAGUUGGACGAUGAGAGGGAAAACGCCGAGGCAGAAGCAAGGCAGAAGGUGAUCGAGAGUCGCGUGCGUGCAGCAGCAAGCAGGGACGGGUCGCCCUUGAUCGGUACGCGUGCCACGCUGGGCAACGAUCAAGCCUUCGCCGCCCGAAGCCAGGAAACAGGUUCUCUGGCCGGCCAGAGCAAGGUCAACGAGAGCGACAGCGGCCGCCAUGUGAUUGAGCCGGCUACCGGCGCGACCCAGGCUGUACAGGAGGACGCAGAUGAUGAAGCCGAAGGUCAGGAUGAGGAUGAUGACGGACCGAUCAUGGUGAUCCCCAAGAAGCAUCGACCGGUCGCCUCGCAUGCUUCUCCGUGCAACCGUUCAUCGCAUCAGCUUGCGCAUGCUCAGGCUGCGUCUCCACACACGGAUUUCAAGGAGCCUGGGUCUGCUUUGAAGCCAGCGUCUGAGCAUCUGACUCUUCCGCAGGUCGCCUCUCUGCGCUCAGAGGAUGACCGCGACGGCCGAGCGCACAGCGAUGGCGAAACGUCUCGUGCAUCCGGCACCUUGGCGCGUCAGGCGCACCUAGCUGCUGUCAAUCGCGCCGAGAGCGAAAGCAACCUGCUCGCGGAAGCCACUGCACGCUCUGGCUUCGCAGGCAACGGAAGCAGCACGACAGCGCGGAGAGGCAGUAAGAACGGCGCUUCGUCGCGUAUCGACGAAAGGUACCGAAGCAUGUUGGUCGAAGAGGCGAGUUUGUUGGCCAGGAGAAGGGACGAUGUCUUGUUUGGUCUCGAGGGCAAUUCGGCGAUUGUGGGGGAUGAGGAUGACGAUAUCAUCGCCGACGCUCUUCGUGGCGGAAGGUCGGGGCUGAGUAGGGAGAUUGGCGCAGCCGAAUCGGGUCAAGUGGACGUGUCGAGCAAUCGUGGCGGUGGUGCUGACUAUGUCGAGUGA